AUGGAAGGGGAGUGCGAGUGUGGCUACUAUGACAAGAAUUUCCCUGGUGGAAGCGUCCUGCGGAAGCUCCAAGGCACCACUUGGGACGUUGGCGACCAUGCCGUCCUCCUCCAAGAGAUUGUGUUGGAACACUAUGACUAUGGCUUCGCCCAACGUAAAGCCAUGUUCGAAGCCGAGCUUGUCGGGGAGAAGAAGCCAGUAUUUGUCACGAUUUGGGUGCAGUCAGACCCCUUCCAGAAAGGGCCAGACCCCAGGAACGAGUUGAAACACCGUGCGCUUGAGCUCUUUCAAUACGAAUGCGACGUCUGGGAAGCCCUCUCGGGUUCAGGCCAUACCCCCGAUUUCUUUGGCGCCGCGGAGUUGGUUCAGGACAGCACGUUCGAGUAUCCUGGAGGAUACCUGCAUCUGAUUGCCCAGGGGCGCUAUCCAUUUGUGGGCUUGGAGGAGGCCUAUGAAUGGCUGUACGAAUCAAACCUUCCAUUCAUCGAAAAGCAGCUGCGUGAUAUGGUGGUGUACGCAACCGACAUUGACGUCUUUGAGGAGACCGAGGUGUACGAUGACCCCCUGAAGGAUAACCAAAGAGCAGUCAUCCGCAUCGACAAAGUGAUGGAGGAGGUCAGAAGAAGAGUUGUAGAGACGCACGGCCCAAUCACCGUGGAACCAGAGGAUGCCGAGUUCUUCGACUACGACUGGAAGCCGACUGGAUGCUGA